CGCCGGAAACUUCUCACUGAUAACUUGGGCCGCUUCUCCUCCUCCUCGCUCUCUCCACAGCAUAAGAGGCCGGGGCCGCCAGCACUAUGGUAGCAACUCUGCUGCUUCUUGCUGCCUUCUCUCGCCAAGAAAAAAACACCUCCAAAUCCAUCGCCGUCGAUGAUCCUCUCGGCCUUCCUUCUCAUCUGCUGCGCCGUCGCCACCUGGACGGUGUCCCCGGCCAAGGCACGCCAAAGCCAAAGCCCAUCAUCUGAAAUGGGAGCAGAUCAUCAUCAAGCUUAUGGCACCUUGGACCAGGUGAAGGCGGCUCUUCAGCGGGUGGGGCUCGAGUCGUCCAACCUCAUCAUCGGGGUGGAUUUCACCAAGAGCAACCAGUGGACAGGGAAGCGCUGCUUCGGCGGGAGGAGCCUGCACGACCUCGCCGCCGGCCCGAACCCGUACGAGGAGGCCAUCGGCAUCGUCGGCGACACGCUGUCGGCCUACGACGAGGACAACGCCAUCCCCUGCUUCGGCUUCGGGGACACGUCCACGCACGACCAGGGCGUGUUCAGCUUCUACGGGGACAGGCGGCCGUGCGCCGGCAUCCCGGAGGCCCUGCUGCGUUACCGGGAGAUCGCCGCCACCGUUCAGCUCUCCGGGCCGACAUCUCUGGCGCCGAUCAUAGAGGCUGCAAUGGGGAUAGUCCAGCGCUCCGGGCAUCAGUACCACAUCCUGCUGAUAAUCGCUGACGGGCAGGUUCCGAGAGGUUGCGGCGCUCAUCGCGCCAGCUCCCCGGACGAAUCAAGAUCAGAGAACUACAUGGAGGAGAGGACUCUCCAGGCCCUCAUACAGGCCAGCCAUUUCCCUCUGUCCAUCGUCCUCGUCGGGGUCGGGGACGGACCAUGGGACGACGAUCAGAUGCGGUUCCACGACGGCCGGCGCCGAUUCGAUAACUUCCAGUUUGUAGAUUUCACCAAGAUCAUGUCGGCGGAGAUGUCCCGCGCCGAGAAGGGGGAGCGGUUCGCGCUCGAGGCGCUAGAGAAGAUCCCGAGCCAGUACGCUGCGAUCAUCAGCCAGCGAAUCAGUGAUCUGGCUGCGAGGGCGCCUGCGAGGACGCCUCUUCCUCCUCCAUCCUGAGCAUCCGGUUCACCGUCGGUUUCGCUGCGCAGGCAGGUUCAUGAUAUGGUCACAUUGUUGGAGGAUGAAGUUAGCCAUUUUAGUUCCCAUCCCCUGUGUGUGCUUGUACACUUCAGAGCACCUCAAUUUCCAGCCCACAUCUCCUGUUCAUUUGUACUCUUUUAAUAAUAGCAUAUAUCUUUAUUGACAGAGUUGGCUAGUCUUCAUAUAUGUUACAGAAGAAAA